CCUGUGCCCCAAGCCUCGUUUCCAGCCGUGUGCGCUCUGCCUCUCAAUUCCCCGGUGAUUGCUGCCAGUGACCGGCUCAUCUGCUGCAACUACUGUGCAGUGAGGACUGAGAGGAAAAUUACUGGAUGGUGAAACCUGUCCUGUAUAAAUCAAUGAGGAUGGACAAGGAGAGGAGUCCUGUGACUGAGAGGAUAUUACAUCUCACCCUGGAGAUCAUCUACCUGCUGACUGGGGAGGGUUACACAGUGGUGAAGAAGACAUCCAGUGACUGUGUGACACCAAGCAGUUGUCCCCGUGUGUUAGGAGGACUGAGCAGGACCCAGAGCCCCAUCACGGUGCCUCAACCUCACUCACUGAUACAUGAGAGGUACAAUGACCAGAAGAUCCUGGAAGUCACCAACAAGAUCAUUCAGCUGCCUGCUGGAGAGGUUCCUAUAAGGUGUCAGGAUGUCACUUUCUGUUUUUCCAUGGAGGAAGGGGAGUAUAUAGAGGAACACAAGGGUCUGUAUAAGGACGUGAUGAUGGAGAAUCACCGGCCCCUCACAUCACUGGAUGGAUCCAGUAACAGAGAUACCCCAGAGAGAUGUCCCCUUCCUCUGUAUUCCCAGGAUUGUACAGAGGAGAAUCACAGGACCCCACAGGAGGAUCAGGGUGAAGGUCUGACUGAUAUUAAGACAGAAGAUAUAGAGCAAGAAGAAAAGACGUAUGUGACUGCUAAUAAUGCAGAAGAUAUAGAGGAAGAAGAAGAGACGUAUGUGACUGAUAAUAAGGCAGAAGAUAUAGAGGAAGUAGAAGAAAUUUAUUUUACUUAUAUAAAGGCAGAAGAUAUAGAGGAAGAAGAGGCGUAUGUGACUGAUAAUAAGGCAGAAGAUACAGAGGGAGAAGAAGAGACGUAUGUGACUGAUAAUAAGACAGAAGAUAUAGAGGAAGAAGAAGAGACGUAUGUGACUGAUAAUAAUACAGAAGAUAUAGAGGAAGAAGAAGAGACGUAUGUGACUGAUAAUAAUGCAGAAGAUAUAGAGGAAGUAGAAGAAAUUUAUUUUACUUAUAUAAAGGCAGAAGAUAUAGAGGAAGAAGAAGAGACAUAUGUGACUGAUAAUAAGGCAGAAGAUAUAGAGGAAGAAGAGACGUAUGUGACUGAUAAUAAGGCAGAAGAUAUAGAGGAAGAAGAAGUGACGUAUGUGACUGAUAAUAAGGCAGAAGAUAUAGCGGAAGAAGAAGAGACGUAUGUGACUGAUAAUAAGGCAGAAGAUAUAGAGGAAGAAGAAGAGACGUAUGUGACUGAUAUUAAGACAGAAGAUAUAGAGGAAGAAGAAGAGACGUAUGUGACUGAUAUUAAGACAGAAGAUAUAGAGGAAGAAGAAGAGACGUAUGUGAGAGGUGAUCAGAAGUGUAAGGAGGAGGAAAUCCCUACAGGUAACAGCACAAAUGGAUGUAGCAGCCGGAAUGUGUCAGAGGUUCAUCUCGUUUUAACUGAAAAUUGUGACAUAGAUGAUGAUGACAUCACACAAGAUUCUCCUGGAGAAAACCCAAUCACCCCAAUUAUACACCUAGUACCUCACCAUACUGAUAUAUCAUCUGAUCUCUCUGGUCAUGAGGAAUAUUCUGAUAAUGCUGAGAUUGCUACAUCUGUUACAUCUCUUACAGUAGAUACAAUGUUUUCCUGUUCUAUAGAUACACAGAACACAAAGUGGAUUACCCAUCAGCCAGCUAAGGAAGAUGAGAGGCAAUUUCCGUGUUCUGAGUGUGGAAAAUAUUUUAGAUAUAAAUCACAAUUAAUUAUACAUCAGAGAUAUCACACUGGUGAGAAACCAUUUUCAUGCUCUGAGUGUGGGAAAUGUUUUACAAUUAAAUCAAAUCUUGUCACACAUCUGAGAAGUCACACUGGCGAGAAGCCAUUUCCAUGCUCUCAGUGUGGGACAUGUUUUAUAGGUAAAUCACAACUUGUCACACAUCUGAGACGUCACACUGGCGAGAAGCCAUUUCCAUGUUCUGAAUGUGGCAAAUGUUUUACACGGAAAUCAGGUCUUGUUAAACAUCAGAGAUGUCACACAGGUGAGAGGCCAUUUUCAUGUUACGAGUGUGGCAAAUGUUUUACAAAUAAAUCACAUUUAAUUAAUCAUGAGAGAUGUCACACAGGUGAAAAACCAUUUGCAUGCCCUCAGUGUGGGAAAUGUUUCACAGAGAGAUCAAGUCUUGUCACACAUCUGAGACGUCACACUGGCAAGAAGCCAUAUCCAUGUUCUGAAUGUGGGAAAUGUUUUUCAGAUAAAUCAAGUUUAACCUUUCAUGAGAGACUCCACACAGGUGAGAAACCAUUUGCAUGUCCUGAGUGUGGGAAAUGUUUUAUGCGGAAAUCGUAUCUUGUUACACAUCAGCAAAAACACAGGUGAGAGGCCAUUUCCGUGUCCUGAGUAAGUGGAUCUACUGAGGUGAUACCUUGUGUAUUUGCAAGUGAGAAUACUUUAUCCAAAGAAUAAACCUCAGUAAGCAUAUUA